GUUCAGUUUUUGUACUUGCUUCGAGAACUUUAGAUGUGCGUUUUCGUGAGUCUGCGCCGGUUCAGUCCGUUUAAUUUCUUUCCCUUAUCAAUGUUCCCUUCAAGUUUAUUAGUUUGAAAGACGAACAGCCUUUUCUUCCGUGUUGAUUGUCACAAACAAGCGUGUGUAGUUUAAGAAUUUAAGACCGACGUUGACCUUGAUAUCGGAAACUGGAAGGCCAUUUCUGAAUUCCAAAGGAUCGGUGAUGGAAAACGAAUGUUUUCUACACAGGCGCAGGAUUACGUUAUAUCCAGCAAACAGUGUCUAGUGGCCGGGAGGUGAAUUGUGUGUGUUUUUUUUCUGAAUCAUCAGCAUUUAAUCUUCCUAAAUGCAAUAACUGAAAAUAAUAUGCGAUGGUGACUCCUUCUUGAAUUGAAAGCGGAGUAGAACGGCUUUGUAUUCUAUUGUCCAUCAAUUUUAAAGAAAUAAAAUUCUGGCAGUAACAAGUGUCUGUGUGUGUAAUUUUACCAGGAAUAUAAAAGUUCAAAACGGUAGAAAUUUACAUCUCUGUGCACUGCAAAGUAUAAAAUUGUUGUGCCUGUACAUAAGUGGUUGGAAUUGUCGCGUCCAACAUCCGUACCUCUCGGAAAUACAUGCCUUGCAUUGUGUUGUUCAAAUUGAAUUGUGCUUCUCCCUAUCUGGAAACAUUGACCACAGCUGAUAACGCUGUACAAAAAACCAUCCCUGUGUUGGAAAACUAGAAACAGCGCCCAUUCGAUUCAAGGAAAUUUCUGCUAGACUCUCGCAUCCGAUAAGCUUUCCGAUAUAAAGGUGUGAGCUAAAACAUAACAAAGUCAAACGUAGCCCAUUUCCGGAACCAAUUUCGUGUGUCCGAGGGUGAUAGGCGUCAUCGCAGAUCAAAGCGUUUAAAAUGACUGUGAUUUCCGAGUGUGUCAAUCAAUGGCAAGAUAAAAUCAACUAGCCGUCUAAUCACCAAACUGAUAACGCUGCUUUCGAGUGCGACUUGCCUUAUCGACAGUGUGUACGCAAGGCGGCCUAUCAGAGUGUGGAAAAAAACAACUCCAGCCUUGAACACUACCGUACGAAAAAGGCAAUAAGCGCUCCUUACUUUGUUCUGUGAUUACUAAGAGCGCAGUGUUGGCCCGUGUCGCUGUGAGCCUCCACCAGCUCUAGUGGCGUCCGACGAAGCAGAAAACGCACAAAAAUGUCGACAGUUUUACUGGAAGCACGGCCUUACCGGCCGUUUAAAUCCAGCGAGGAGUACCUUUACGCGAUGCGUGAAGAUUUGGCCGAAUGGCUGAACACAAUGUAUCCGGAACUGCGAAUCAAUGUCGAUAAUUUUAUGGAUCGUCUGGACACGGGGGUGGCGUUGUGUAAGCACGCAAACAAUGUUCGGAAAGCGGCGGAGGAAUAUUUGGCGCGACGACAGGCGCGUAAUAAAUCCAUGACGAAAUCGAUGACAUCCGGACUGGCUGGACCCAUACUGAGCAUGGGCAAUGUUCAUUUUUUGCCAGCAGCCAAAAGUGGAACAUUUUUCGCCCGGGACAACGUGUCGAAUUUCAUAGCAUGGUGCCGAAAAAGUUUACAAAUCUUCGAGUGUCUUCUUUUCGAAACAGACGAUUUGAUCAUGCGAAAAAACGAAAAACACGUAAUACUGUGCCUGUUGGAAGUGGCGAGACGAGGGGCCAAAUUCGGUAUGUUGGCACCGAUGCUGGUUCAGAUGGAGCGGCAAAUCGACAAGGAAAUUGCCGCAGACAACAAGGCGAACGGUAUCGGAUGCGGCACUCAGACCGAGGGCGAUGCACAAUCAACGGCCACCGGAACCGAGAACGAUAUGUUCGAUUCCGACAGCGAGGACGAGGACGAUCCGAAUGGACCGAUGCUGAUGUAUGGUCCGCAACCACAAAUUGUGACCAACGACCUUAAGAGUUUGGACGAAAUGGUACGGGAUCUUGUUGAAAAAUGCACCUGUCCUUCGCAGUUCCCCAUGGUGCGGGUAUCUGAAGGAAAGUAUCGCAUCGGAGACACAAAAGUGUUGAUUUUUGUAAGG